AUGACCAGACGAUUAAUGCCAGAAAAACCGUGGAUCGACCUGGCAAUUGAUUUUCUCGGGCCUAUGCCCAGUGGCGAAUACAUUCUGGUCGUAAUUGAUUAUUACAGCAGAUAUAAGGAGCUUGAAAUAAUGAAUAUAAUCACGGCAGCGGAAACAAUCCAGAGAUUGAAGAAGAUCAUCAGAAUCUGGGGUAACCCGAGAACAAUCACACUAGAUAACGCGAAACAAUUUGUUUCUAAGGAGUUUGGAACCUAUUGUGGAUCGCGGAAAAUUCACCUCAAUUACAGUACACCUUAUUGGCCUCAAGCUAAUGGCGAGGUUGAGCGCCAAAAUAGAUCCUUACUCAAGCGACUCAAGAUAUCCAAUGCUCUUUAUGGCAAUUGGAAGUCCGAACUGGACGAUUACUUAAUUCUGUACAAUAAUUCACCACAUAGCGUGACGGGAAAAGCACCAAACGAACUACUCUAG